UGAAUGCACCUUGGGUCUCCCCGCCCCACUCCCUCCCCCAGCCGCAGGGGCGGGACGGGGGCGUCUCCAAGUCUCCCACCUUUCAGCCCAACUUCAGUCCUCGUCACCUUCCACUGCCCGGUUUCCAGAUGACUGCGAGGGUCCUGUUUCUCGCCUAUCGGGGUUGUAAUCGACGACUGUCCUGCGGGGGUGGAAACAAACUCACUCAGUACCAGCUCCAGGCCCUCGUGGCGCCCCGCCUGCCUUGGCGCAGCCGCUCGGGAGGCGACCCGCCAAUGGCUGGAAGACGAGCUGAGGGGCGACAGUCUUCCAUAAAUCCUGCGUUACGUCACGGCGCUGGCUACGGCGCUGGCUACGCCCCUGCGCGAGCCAUCACCAGGCGCCCGGCGCGUAAAACAGUCACGGUGCGGAUGCUGAGUCGGAAUGUUCCCGUCUUGAUUCCAGAAUCUUCGUCCCGUAGGUCUGCCACAAUGCUCCUGCUGCACAGAGCUAUGGUUCUGGGGCUCCGACCCACCUGCAGACUCAGGUUGACUUCUUCAAGGCUCUGCAUUCGGGCCUGCUCUACAGAUGAUUCAUUUCAGCCCCAGCACCCCAGCCUCACCUCUUCUGGUAAUAACUCCAGCACCCGGGGCUGGGGCCUCAUGGGGACCCUGCUGGGCCUUGGUGCGGUGUUGGCCUAUCGUGACCGUUGCUGCAGGGCUGCUCAGGAGUCACCACACAUAUAUACAAGGGAAGAUGUGAGUUCCCACCGCAGCCCUGAGACUGGGAUCUGGGUAACUUUUGGCCAUGAGGUCUUUGAUGUAACAGAAUUUGUGGAUCUACACCCAGGGGGGCCAUCAAAGCUGAUGCUAGCAGCUGGGGGCCCCCUAGAGCCCUUCUGGGCCCUCUAUGCCGUACAUAGCCAGUCCCAUGUGCAUGAAAUACUGGCUCAGUACAAGAUCGGGGAGCUGAGGCCUGAAGACAAGGCACCCUCAAUGUUGGAGACCUUUGACCCCUAUGCUGACGAUCCACAACGUCACCCAGCUCUGCAGGUCAACAGCCAAUGCCCCUUUAAUGCCGAGCCCCCUCCUGAGCUGCUUACCGAAAACUAUAUCACACCCACCCCUAUCUUCUUCACUCGGAACCAUCUGCCUGUUCCCAACCUGGACCCAGACACCUAUCGCCUCCAUGUAGCCGGGCCACCUGGGGGCCAGUCACUGUCCCUGUCCCUGGAUGAUUUGUACCAGUUCCCCAAGCACGAGAUCACCGUCACUCUUCAGUGUGCUGGCAACCGGCGCUCUGAGAUGAAUCAGGUCAAAACAGUAAAAGGUCUGGAGUGGAGGACAGGGGCUAUCAGCACUGCACGCUGGGCUGGAGCCCGGCUUUGUGAUGUGUUAGCCCAGGCUGGUCACCACCUCUGUGAGACUGAAGCCCAUGUCUGCUUUGAGGGCCUGGACUCAGACUCCACUGGGACUGCCUAUGGUGCAUCCAUCCCUUUAACUCGGGCCAUGGACCCUGAAGCUGAGGUCCUACUGGCAUAUGAGAUGAAUGGAGAACCCCUGCCUCGGGACCAUGGCUUCCCUGUGCGGGUGGUAGUUCCCGGUGUGGUGGGUGCCCGCCAUGUGAAAUGGCUUGGCAAAAUAAGCGUGGAAUCAGAGGAAAGUCACAGCCACUGGCAGCGGCGGGAUUACAAAGGCUUCUCUCCAUCUGUGGACUGGGACACUGUAGAUUUUGACUCAGCUCCAUCUAUUCAGGAACUUCCUGUUCAGUCAGCCAUUACAGAGCCCCGAGAUGGGGAGAUGGUAGAGCCUGGGGAGGUGACUGUGAAGGGCUAUGCAUGGAGUGGAGGUGGCAGGGCUGUGAUCCGUGUGGAUGUCUCUCUGGAUGGGGGCCUAACCUGGCAGGCAGCUGAGCUGGAUGGAGAAGAACAGCGCCCCCGGAAGGCCUGGGCCUGGCGGUUAUGGCAGCUGCAAGCCCCGGUACCUCCUGGGCAAAAGGAAUUGGACAUUGUUUGUAAAGCUGUGGAUGACAGCUACAAUGUGCAGCCGGACACUGUGGCCCCAAUUUGGAACCUGCGAGGCGUGCUCAGCAAUGCUUGGCACCGUGUCCACGUUCGUGUCACCUCAUGAGAACGUGGAAUGGAGCCAUCUACAUCCCAGAACCAUCCUCUCUACCCCUUUCCAGGCUCAUCCAUUGUCCUUUGUUGCCACAGGAAAACUUACCCACUUUCUCUCCACUUCUUGGAUCACAAUCUUGUGCCGUGCCUUCCUGAACCAUACACAGGUAUAACAUUGCAUAUUUCCACUCAGACACCCUUCCUCCUUUGAUACUAUGUUAUGUACCCCUCUUGACCUCUGACCCUGUGCCAGGAGGUGAAAGCUGUUGGAGAAAGGGGCUAGAAAUAAAAAGUAAUUCUGGAGACAAA